AUUUGACUGACUUGACGCUUUAUUUUGGCGGCAACUGAGAAGUCUAGAACUGGCAGGGCAAGAAGUUGUUUUUUAAUUAUAAUUCUGUUUCUGACUAUCUGAAAUUUUUUUCAAGAUGAGUGUACUGUGGGCAGACAAAUACCGCCCAAAGGAGCUUUCUGCUCUUGAUUAUCAUAAGGAACAAGCUGCUAAUCUGAAAGACCUGACAAAAGAAGGUGAUUUCCCCCAUUUGCUAGUUUACGGUCCUCUUGGGGCUGGCAAGAAAACCCGUAUCAUGUGCCUGCUACGCGAACUCUAUGGUCCCGGUGUCGAAAGACUCAAAAUGGAAACAAUGUCCUUUACAACGCCAUCAAAUAAGAAGUUGGAAAUUACUACAGUAAGCAGUAUAUACCAUAUUGAAGUGAAUCCUAGUGAUGUUGGAAUAUAUGACAGAGUUGUUAUCAUGGACCUAAUCAAACAUGUAGCACAGACCCAGCAACUUAACGUAAAUGCUCAAAGGGAGUUCAAGGUGAUUGUCUUAACAGAUGUUGAUGAUCUUACUAAAGAAGCUCAGCAUGCGUUGAGGAGGACCAUGGAGAAAUACAUCUCAAAUUGUAGGAUAAUCCUUUGUGCCACCACAAUCUCUAGAGUUAUUCCUGCCAUUAGGUCUCGAUGUUUGUGUAUAAGAGUACCAGCACCUACAGAAGAUACUAUCGUAACCAUUCUGCAAAAUGUUUGUAAGAAGGAAGAUGUUAAUUUACCAUUGGCUUUUGCAAAAAAAAUUGUGGAUGUAUCUAAUAGAAACCUUCGAAGAGCUCUUUUGAUUUGUGAAGCUUGCAAAGUGGAACAAUAUCCAUUCACAGAAAAUCAACAAGUGCCAGAGCCUGACUGGCAAAUAUUUAUUCGUAAAACAGCAGAGCAAAUGUUACAAUUACCUAACAUUAAAUCGCUAGCAAAAGUCAGACAAAAUUUCUAUGAGCUUCUAACAAAUGGCAUUCCAUCAGAAAUCAUUUUCAAAACUUUACUUGAGGAAUUGUUGAAGAAAUGUGACAGAGGCAUGAAGACAAAAGUAGUUGAAGAGGCAGCUAUAUAUGAACAUAGAAUGUCACAGGGAAAUAAGGCCAUCUUCCACUUAGAAGCUUUCGCUGUAAAGUUUAUGUACCUUUAUAAAAACAUGUUAGAACAAAUGGUGGAAGUCUAUUGAGGAUAUACUUACUAGGAAGUUACAUGAUACCUGAGCUUUUAUAGGCUCAAACACUGAAAGAACAUUUUUAGAACACUGCUGCAGUUAUUCCCUAACUUCUCAGGAUUCCACUAUUGCUGGUCUUUCCUUGUUUAUAUAAAAUAUAAUUUUGAGCCUUUUCUAUUUUUAUUAAAAGUAUUGUUAGUUGAAACUUUUGCUUUUGUGUUUUACAAGAUCCUGACUGUAGAGAAUGUUAACGUAAGUAGCAGGUCAGACUUCAAGUGGUGAUGCAAAGGGAGAAAGUUUACAUUAACACCGUUCUGUAAAUGUGUUGAUUUUAAAAUACAGGGUCUCACACUCUUUUUAUUGGAGAAAAUCAUAACCCUUUAGGCAAUUUUGUUGGAAUUUAGCAGGCAUAGAUGCUCCACAAAAAAUGUAACAUGUCAUUUAAGAAAAACACAUUUGCCUACAAAAUUCCAACAAAAUCAGUCACUUAUUAUGGUAUUUGCAAAUCAAAUUGUGAAAGUUUGAUACCUUGUAUCUUUAGAAAGAUAUGAAUCCAUGUUUAUAACAUAAAUAUUAAUCUGAAUCUGUGGCUUGGCUCACGUGUGAAGUACUGUAAAGUAUACAUCAUUCAUUUUGCAUUUGUGUGGAGGAAAUUGGUUUCAGUCACCGAAAUGCUAUACCUAUUCAAAGUAAUGCAACAAUAAAGUAAUUUCAAAUGUGUAAUCAAAAUAAGUAGUAUGUGAAGUAUCUCACAGACUGUGUAGCAUAUCUUAAUAUGUAUGCUUAGAGUAUUAUAACAAUUGUCAUAUAGUUGUCCAAGCAGUCACCAUUUAUUUCAAGGCAUUUUGGGUAAUAAAAUUAUUUGUUGUAUCAUUUGUAGCUGAGCCGUCCUUAGCAGAUACGAGACCUGGGGCAAAACCUUUUUGCAAGGCCUUCUCUUGAAGAAAGUAGCCUACUCCGAAAAUUAUUUAAAAUUCCCAUGCAAAAAGGUGUUUUUAGCAUUUUUGAUGAGUCAUUUCAUCUCAAAACAAUUAUAUACGUCAUUUUUUUUUCAUUUGCCAGGGUUCGAGUCUAUGUUUAUUUGUGAUGUAAGUAUACAAUAUUUCACUCUGUGUAAAGAAAUGAGAUAAUGAUUUAUGACAAUGGUCUAUACUCUUCCACUUUAAUUUUUUAAGCAAUGAAUGAUCAGGAAAAUUAUAAUAAAAUUUAGGUCUGCCAGGAAAUCAAAUCGUA